CAAGAAGUACUUCACCGAGGAGCAGAUAAAUCUUGACCGUUGAAUCCAAUCAAUCUGGACCCUUAAUUUCUUAUACCCAAAAACACACACUCACACAUCACUUCUGUCUUUCUUCUUUCUCUCCUCUUGAGCCCAGUAGCCGUCUGCCCCUCCCAGCUUCAUCCGUACCCUAUAAUUCCCAGCUCUACUUUUCCCCCUUUACAAAUCCACUAAAUCUUUGUAUUCCAAUCGAAUAAUUAGCUAAAUUAAUUUGUAUUUCCUACUCAAAUUUUCAAUUUUUGUAAUGGAUUCAGAUCAAGGAAAGCUUUUCAUUGGAGGGAUUUCCUGGGAAACUUCAGAGGAGAAGCUCCGGGAUUAUUUUGGUGGGUAUGGUGAGGUUUCGCAGACUGUGGUGAUGAGGGACAAAGUUACUGGGAAGCCCAGAGGUUUUGGGUUUGUGGUUUUCUCAGAUCCCAAUGUUCUUGAUAGGGUUCUUCAAGAUAGGCAUGUCAUUGAUGGCCGCACCGUUGAGGCUAAGAGGGCUUUAUCUAGAGAGGAACAACAGGUAUCUAAAGUUGGAAACCCGAGUAGUGGUAGGAGCUUUGGUGGUGGUGGAAACACUAGGACCAAGAAAAUUUUUGUUGGGGGAUUGCCUCCAUCGCUAACUGAUGAUGCCUUCCGUCAGUAUUUUGAAUCUUAUGGUAACGUCACUGACGUGGUUAUCAUGUUUGACCAGUCGACAAACCGACCUAGGGGAUUUGGCUUUAUUUCUUUUGAUUCUGAAGAUGCUGUUGAUAGGGUCUUGCACAAGACAUUUCAUGACCUACAUGGAAAGCAAGUAGAAGUCAAGCGCGCUCUUCCAAAGGAUGCUAAUCCUGGUGGGGGUGGCCGCUCAAUGGGCGGUGGUGCUGGAGGUUACCCAUAUGGUUCUGGUGGUAACUCAAGUUCGUAUGAUAAUAGAAUGGACUCCGGUAGGUACAUGCAAUCACAAAAUGCUGGAGGGGGCUAUCCACCGUAUGGUUCUUCUGGAUAUAACACAUCUGGUUAUGGGUACGGCCCUUCGAACAAUGGAAUGGGGUAUGGAAGCUAUGGAGGUUAUGGUGGUGCAAACCCUGGUUAUGGCCCUGCUGCUUCUGCCUAUGGAAACCCAAAUGUUCCUGGUGCGGGCUUUGUAGGUGGUGCACCAGGUGCACCAGGUGCACCAAGAAACACAUGGAACGCUCAGGGUUCUUCUGGAUAUGGAAGUGUUGGCUAUGGAACUGGUAGUGGUGGAGCUGCUGCGGGACAUUCACCAGGCGGGGCUGCUGGAUAUGGAAAUCAAGGUUAUGGUUAUGGUGGAUAUGGUACAAAUGAUGGACCCUAUGGAAAUCCUUCUGCAUAUGGGGCUUCUGGUGGGCGCGGAGGGAGUACUCCAAACAGUAGUGGAAAUGGUUCUGGCGACCUACAAGCAGGUGGUUACAUGGGAGCUGGCUAUGGGGAUGCUUCUGGGAAUUCAGGAUAUGGAAAUUCAGGAUGGAGGUCGGACCCCUCACAAAAUGGACCUCAUGGUGGACAAGUGGGGUAUGGUGGAGGCUAUGGCGGUGCGGCUCGGCAAGCCCAGCAGCAGUAAUUGUAACCCCUACUAGAAUCUGAGAGCUCAUCCAAACUUCGGAUUUUAUACGGCCGAUGCUUCACAUUGGGGCCGAUUGGCUGACUGUUGCGAAAUGUCACAAUCAAUCUAGGACUGGUUGGAUUGCUUGUAUCUGAGUAGUUUGCCAUUACCUAUUUUUCUAGUAUUUAAUAAGUAGUAUUUGUGAGGAGUAGAGUUUAUGUCUUAUUUAUUAUCUGCUUUGAAAAUGUAGUUUUAAUUUUCAGCGUGCUUAUGGCUGCGGUUACUGUCUGAUCUUGAGUUUUGGUAUUUGUAGUGUUAACAUAUAGCAGUUUACCUGAUAUUUGGUGAGUUACUUGCUAUGGGUACUGUUGUGAUUUUAGAUUGUAUCUUUUCGUCCCUAGCAGGAUUAUACAUGAGUUUGGAAAAUUUAUGGUUAUUACUCGUGAUGGUAGUCAUCUCUGAGUACAGCUUAGCUCUACUGAAUUUGAUAAAAAGGUUACUUUGGUGUGAUACUUUAGGAAAAAUGAGAUAACUUAGGUUCCUUUGCAGCUACAUCCAGUUUGGGUAGAUCAAUUCCUAAUGGAUAGCGAUAAAUCUUAGUGGUAGCUUGAUUUUGAGAAUGGAAUAAUCACUUCCUCCUGUAUUUGCCCUUGUGUUGUACAGGAGGUGGCACGAGUUCUAAACUGGGUGAAUUGAAGUUCCUUCUCAUGGGUAAUUCACAAGGUUUCCCUGGUGAUGUGUUUGUUUGUGGGAUGUCACAGGAAAGUGAAGUUUGGCUGGGUUGAUUGGGUGCUUUACCGGAAGUUGUCUUGUUGGAGCAGGCCAAGCUGCUGGUAGAGAACUUGCGCUAUCUCAAGUAUCUUCAUUCACUGCAUGGUGAGUUGAAGACUUAGACCAGGGAAAUUGUGUUUAGAAAUUCUCGCCAUUUCUACGCAAAUUAUAGUGACUGUAGUAUCAUGGUGGUUAGAGGUUAUAGUAGUAUUUUGAUGUGCUUUUUUCUGGAUAUUUUUCAUGGAGUAGGUGCGCACCUAAGGGUUUUUUCAGGAUUUGUGGAAGUUGGUUUAAUCGUAGCUUUUGCUUCUUAGUAGUAUCUUCACUUUAACCACCGUCUCUAUAGCUUAAAUCAUUUUAGUAAGUAAUUAACCUGAUGUGAGAUAGGCACUUAUUGAAGAUGCCUGUUUUCAUGUUGAGCAGAAUGUGAUCUACUGGUCUUCUUCAACCAUCUUACGGGUUUGGACUCAUGCAGUAAUUUUGAUGGUUAUGCGUAACAUUAGAAAGAAGGUUAAGGUUAGAAGUUUAGUUGUCUUAAACUCAUACAUGAGUGGAUCGGUGUUGGUGUUUGUUGAAUUAUGCUCUAGAGAAAGCAAUGGAUAUUAAUCUGAUGGGGGGUGGAAGAGAUACAGUGAAAUAGGUCGAUUCCCUUAUGUUUCUGUAGCACUAAAUAAAAAUGGUAGGGAUACAAUCCGCG